AAAAAAAGGCGCAGCCUAUAACGCCUAUCUUGUUCCGAGUGAUAAUUCCCUUACCCUUGUAGUAAGGAGUUCACCCUGCAAUCAUGGCGACAAAAGAAAAGGUGUAUGCCUUGCAUGAUUUCGAUGCAGAAAAUCCUGAUGAAGUAUCAUUCAAAGCAGGCGAAACAAUCAUCGUUGUGGAAAAGGAUGAUGCAUAUGGAGAUGGAUGGUGGCAAGGAACAAACUCUCGCGGAGAGACUGGUUUAUUUCCGUUCAGUUAUACCACCUUUGAUCGUGAACAGGCAAUGAAUAUGGAGACUUCAAUCUCUGCUUCUGAUCCAGCCAUUCUUGCUGGUGGAACUGCUGAUGCAUCUCGCGAAGCAAACGGUAAAGGAGUUAAAGCAACAAUGGACGACAUUGACAAUGCUUUAGCACGCAUGCAAGCAGGUAGAGAUGAUGCAAGUGAACGGACUGGCGAUCUUUCCGUUGGUGAAACGGAUGACGGUGAUGAUGCAGAGGAUGAUUAUGAAAAGAGGGCUAAAGCAAGAGCUGCUUUAGCCGUCAAUGCUGCAAAGAAUCAAGAUGAAGCAGAACAAGCUGAAAGAGCGGAGCAAGCACGAUUGAAGGCUCAAGCCAUGCGUAUCUUUGAGGAAGAAGAGGAAAGACAUAGACAAUUGUUACUUCAAAAAGAGGAAGAACGCAAACAAGCGGCUGCAAAAGGUGUUUUACCCAACGAAGAAAAGGCCAAAGAAGCACCUAUUCCAGGCGUGGAUAUGAGCGACGAAAGUGACAGUGAAGGAAGUCAAGGACCUGAUUACGAUGAAUUAGCUCCUACUCAUGCCCCUCUGUUCGGCGCCUCUGCAGCUCCUGCAGCAGCUGGUGCCGGUGCUUUGGCCGCCGGUGCUACAGCAGCAGGCGUUGUUGCAGCAAAAAGUGGUGCAUCAUCUAAUGAUAGUACAUUGGCUCCCAAUGACUUAAGCAAAGGUCAAGCACGACCUCUGUCACCGAUCGAAAGCGAAGAUGCUCACGCAAAGCGAGCUGCUGCAGGAAUCAGUCCAAGUGCAGUUCCGCUACCCUUGUCAUCUACAACUGUCGGUAACACUCCAACCCAAAACGGAAUCUUCCAACAACAACAGCAACAACCUCACCAAGAUCGUCAAACAUCGGAUGACCGCAGUCUCGAUUCGGCCCGUGUACCUGACAGUCCUGCACCUGGCGGCAGAUCUAACUUUACUGCACCAAGCGUUGGGACUGCACCAACCUCAUUUGCUGGAACAGAAACUCCAAAGAGCUCUAACCAAAUCGCAGCCACAGCUCAACAGAGUCCUGCACCCAGUACUGCUGGUAGCAGAUUGGCCACUGGUCCCGGUGGUGAUCCCCACGAAUGGACGGUGGACCAAGUCGUUGAGUGGGGCAGAUCGAAAGGAUGGGAUGAAGCAAGCGUUGUCAGCAAAUUUGCCGAACAUGAAAUCUCUGGUGAUGUUUUGAUGGAAAUGGAUGUGAACAUUUUAAAAGAGAUCGAAAUCUCUGCAUUUGGAAAACGUUUCCAAGUAGCAAGCGCCAUUAAAGAUUUGAAAAAGUCUUUGGCAACAGGCGGUGCAGAACAAUCGCCCAUGCAAUGGUCAGCUCCCGUUGAUUCUACAUCUGGCUUAUUACAACAACAACAGAAUCGCAGCGUUAGUCAACCUAUCGACAGACCAGAUUCCAGGACUGACUUUAGCGGCACCAACGAUUCAGGAUUGGGCGCAGCGAUUACCGGGUUGGGUGUCGCAGGAGGCGCGGCUGCUGUUGCCGGCGCUUCUAGUCAACGCAACGUCUCACAAUCAACUGCGCCUGGUAUAAUGAAUAGCAAUUCAUUCAACCAAGGCGGUGUACAAGCAGACAGGAGCGAUGUGCCUCGUCCAAACAGUGGCGCUAUUGAGCCUGGAAGUGCAUCGCAUGACAGCCUUGGCAAUUCGGCAAACAGUCAAUUGAACAAGAGUUCAUUCUCUCCUGAUAACAGUAUCAAUUAUUCCAACUUUAAUCAACAACACGCAUCAAGUCCUCGUAAACGUGAAUCGGGCGGAAGUUCGACUAAAUCGCCUGCAGACAGGACAAGCUUUUUCGCUGGAUUGGGUGGCCAAAAGAAUCGCAAACCUGCGCCAAGAGUGCAAUCCGGUAAUUCUACUGGUAGUGUUCCCAAUUCGGCCGAUCCAGAGAGCGCUGGUAAAGGUACAUUGUCUAGAUUUGGACUCAACCGUCUCAAAGGAGGACAACAACAACAUUCCAACGAACCUUCUCCAAAUCAAGAUCUUCGUAAUAAGAUCUCCUUGCCAACCGGAAGUCCAACAUAUGAUGCUAUGGGAGAUACGGCAAGACGUCAUAGAUUGAGUCAAUUUGGACCCGCUACUGGCAAUAUUCCUGGCUUUUCUUCUAAUCACCAAAAGCAAGCUAGUGUAGGAUCCAGUGGACCUGCUGCAGGAGAUGCCUAUCCAUCAGGCGGAGAACCAAGAAGCCCAAUGGGAGAUGCACCGGAAGGAGCUGUUAUGGUGCGUAUUCGACCUGUUGAAUUUGAAGGUUGGAUGCGCAAGAAGGGAGAACGAUACAAUUCCUGGAAACCAAGAUAUAUGGCUUUGAAGGGAUCUGACUUAGUCUUGUUACGCGACCCAACUGCACCAAAGAUCAAGGGAUAUGUGAAUAUGAAAGGAUACAAAGUUAUUGCUGAUGAGAACACAAACCCAGGCAAAUAUGGUUUCAAGAUCUUGCACGAAUCCGAAAAGCCACACUACUUCAGCUCCGAUGAUCCAAUCGUUGUUCGUGAAUGGAUGAAAGCAUUGAUGAAAGCAACGAUUGGACGUGACACAAGUUUGCCAGUCAUCUCUUCGUACAACAAUGCCACAAUCUCUCUCAAGGAAGCGCAAAGGAUGAAUCCACCUCCAAGACCACCAAGCCCAACAAGUCGUGCACGAGCUCAACGUGCUGCAGCACGAGCAAACAAGGAUCAAUUGACCGCAAAAGAUGCGAGCGUACUUAUGGGACUUCAAUCACCUCAAGAAAGACAAUUUGGAUUGUAAGUGGAAAACACAGAUGCAUUUUCUUUCAUCUUGUUCCUCCAUGCGAUGGCACCAUUUGUACAUAAACGCCAUCGCAAUCUCUGUGCAAAGCAGUGUUUGCUUCGUGGACUGCAUUGACCUGCGGACCUUUGCCGUACCAUGCUUGGGAGCGCGUUUUGCUGCGCUUCUUUGCAUUGGAGUCGUUGACCUUCCGGCCAUUCACAUUCUCCUCGAUCUAUCUUCGUUUUCAACAUAUACCAUAAAGUCACUCG